AUGGAUGAGAAGGAAGAUUCCGCCUUUUCUAACGAGGAACCCGAUGGGCAUGUCGAAUACCGAUAUAUCGACUUUGACACUCCUCUUCCGUUGGAAGUGCAACAACACCUCAAUAGCCAAGGUCCCGAGAAGAGAAAGCGACUUCGACAUGACAAUAUUCGGUCGCCCCAGAACAUGUCCAAAUGGCGCAGGAUCACUGUUUCCUGGAUGUGCUACAUUGCUUCAGGCUUGGCCUCACACGCGGCCAGUGGGUACAGUCCUGCCCGGGAGCAACUGUCUGCAUACUGGAAUAUUGGCAAUGUUGCAACACUGGUCGGCAUCACCAUGUUUACAACGGGAUUCGCUCUGGCUCCCAUGGCCUUGGCCCCUCUCUCAGAGGUCAACGGCAGGAAACCGGUCUUCAUUGGCACUGGGCUCCUGUUUGUCGUCUGCCAGCUUUGCUGUGGACUCACUCGAUCCUACCCAGGGAUGCUUCUGGCUCGAUUCUUCGCCGGUGUGGGAAGUUCGACAUACUCAAGCAUGGUGGGUGGCGUCAUAUCAGACAUUUACCGGCCGGAGGAACGCAACACGCCCAUGGCGCUGUUUUCAUGCACUGCCCUUUUCGGAAUCGGCACGGGCGCAAUCGCAUCCGGUUUCACGGCACAGUACACAACCUGGCGGUGGAUCUUCUACUCGCAAGCCAUCGUCGAUGGCGUCUUCGUCGCUCUUCUCAUCCUCCUUUUCCCCGAAACGCGCGCCUCUGUCCUGCUGCGCUGGAAAGCCGCCGAGUUCAACGCCCUGCACGAGGAGAUGGAGCGCGCCGCCCGCCUCUCCUCCUCACCCGCAACCACGACGACGACGACGAGCGACCCCCCGUCGCCGCCGUCGCCGCCGACGCGCAUCCGGUGGCGCAGCGAGCAAGACGAGCAGCAGCGCGGCAGCCUCGCCGCCACCAUCACGACCUCCCUCACGCGGCCCUUCCACCUCCUCCUCACCGAGACCGUCGCCUUCUUCUUCUCGCUGUGGGCCGCCUUCGCAUGGGCGACGCUCUACGUCGCGCUGGCCGCCGUCCCGCUCGUCUUCAGCACGACGCACGCCUUCACACUCGCGCAGUCCAACGCCGUCUUCGCCGCCAUGUGCGCCGGUGCCGUCGUCAUCACGCCCGUCAGCAUCUACCAGGAGCGGUGGGCACGGCAGCGCGGCCUCAUUCCACACAACGAUGCGCCGCCCCCAGAGGCUCGGCUGUACUUCAGCUGCGUCGAGAGCGCGCUGCUGCCGGCGGGGCUGUUCCUGUUCGGCUGGACGGCGGCCGGCCGCGGCGACGCAGACGACGUGCACUGGGUCGUGCCGGUGCUGGCCGUCGGCGUCGCGACCAUGGGCGUCUUCUCCGUGUACCUCGCCGUCUUCAACUACCUGUCCGACGCGUACGGCCGCUUCGCGAGCUCCGCGCUGGCGGCGCAGAGCUUCUGCCGGAACGGGCUGGGCGGCGUCUUGACGUUGGUGACGCGGCGGAUGUUUGUGGACAUGGGGUACGGCGCGGCAGGGAGCUGCUUGGGUGGCGUCGCUCUGGCGCUGACGAUGGUGCCGUGGGUGUUGGUGUUGUAUGGGGAGAGGAUUAGGGCGAGGAGUAAGUUUGUUGGUAGCUUGUAG